AUGAAAAAACGUUUUUGGUGUGUUGUGAACCCCUUUGAAGUGAAAGACUCUCCCCGUAAUUGUAACCGAGCAGGUUCGCGGACAUUUCGACAAAAGAAAAGUAAUUCUUCAGCUGCUAGUGGAGAUUAUGCUAGAAAUGGGAUUUCCUCUUCAUCAGGAGUAACUACAAAUGCCAAUGGGGUUUGUGUACUUCCACCCGAAGCCGCUGGAACGCUCGGAAGUGGAGAUCUUAAACAAGCGGUUAGACUUCCUACCGGAGAGGAUUUAUGUGAAUGGGUCGCAGUUAAUACUGUGGAAUUCUUCCAACAAAUCAACAUGCUCUAUGGCACCCUGGCUGAGUUUUGUACUGACACAACCUGUCCCACCAUGUCGGCAGGACCGCGUUACGAGUACUACUGGGCUGAUGGGCAGACCGUGAAAAAGCCGGUCAAGUGCUCCGCUCCACGCUACAUCAACAAUCUCAUGGUUUGGACGCAAAAUCACCUCGAAAAUGAAGCCAUCUUUCCCUCAAAAAUUGGUGCGUUUGUGUGGUAA